UUUCAUGUAAAGCACUUGCAGAGUUCUCCUGUAGGCUCGGAGCUCUUCAAAAGCUGAGCAUUCCAAAAUGAAGAGCUUUCUGACUUUUCUUGUUGCAAUGGGCAUCAUAGUGACACCAGGUGAUGCAUACUGCUUUACUAAAAUUAACAAGCCAGGGGAGUCCGACAAAGGCUGUAUCCUGCAAGGAAAACUAUAUCCCUUUGGAGAGAUUGCAAGGACAGAAAGUUGCUUCAGUUGCAGCUGCAGCCGUGAUGCAAUGCGCUGCUGCUCCCUAUUUCAUACUCCUAUUGGUUUUGACGAAGAGAACUGUAAAGUCAUAUUCAACAAGAGAAGGUGUGACUAUGAUUUGGUGCAGAAGAGUGACCUCUCAAAGGCCUGUGAUGUUUAUUCUCGUGUGGGCUAACAACUCACGUGCUCCAAUCUUCUCUGCAUUCUGGAAUCCCUCCCCAUCCUACAGAUGCUUUGACAUUACAAAGAAGCUUCAAAGUAUGGGAGAUCUUGUAAGAGAAAGUUCUUAACAGCUCACUUAUUAUUUCCUAAUUGAUGUGAUUUCAUAUACAGGUUGCAUAAUCAGAUUCAAUGUCUCAUUUCUGUCAUUACUUGUACUGAUACCACUGAGGUUUUUGGAAUUCAAUAAAUGGAGCAAUGUCGCCUUUCUUUGAGGAAGGUCUGUAUUUACCUCACGAUUCCAACAUGCCAUACAGCAAUGCCCUGGCACAAGCUGCUCUCAUGCUUUCAUAGAAUCAUAGAAUGGUAGUGGUUGGAAGGGACCUUUAGAGAUCACCUAGUCCAACCCUCCUGCAGAAGCAGGUUCGCCUAGAUCAAGUCACACAGGAACGCAUCCAGGCAGAUCUUGAAGGCCUAAAGAAAGAAAUUCCACAAUCCCUCUGGGCAGCCUGUGCCAGGACUCCCUUACCCUCACAGUAAAAUAGUUUUUUCUUAUGUUGAAAUAGAACAUUUUGUGUUCCAGCUUCAUCCCAUUACCCCUUGUCCUCUUCCUAGGUACAAUAGAAAAAAGGGAUGUCCCAACCUCCUG